CUCACCUGCCCCUUGCAUCAGAGUUGUGUCUUCGUUCUUACAUCUUCGUAGUAAACCACACCUCCAAUCAAUGAAGACUUUUCCAUCAUUACCAAAUCCAAAACUUUAAAAUGAUAAAAACUGUGUUUAAAUCAGACCCUUUUGCUUAAUCAAUGGAUCUAUCAACGGGUUCUGCUUCAUUUUCAUCAUCAUCGGGUUCUUGGUUUUCCGGCAUAGUUCGUGGCCGUUCAAGCAGUCUCAAGAUGCCGGUGGCCGCCGCAGCCGGUGGUGCUGACAGUGUUUCCGGUGGUGGUGGUCCUAUUACUGGGAAAAAACAGUUCAGGGGUGUAAUGUUUAAGUAUGGUCCUAAGGCGAUUCAGGUUGCUUUUAAAACGGGAGAUUAUAAACAACAGGUCAUUUUCAUAGGUGGAUUAACGGAUGGCUUUUUAGCUACUGAUUACUUAGAACCUCUGGCUAUUGCUUUGGAUAAAGAGAAAUGGUCAUUGGUCCAGUUUCUACUUUCAUCAUCUUAUAGUGGAUAUGGAACCUCAAGCUUGAGACAAGACGCAAUGGAGCUUGAUCAGUUGAUAAGUUAUUUGAUAAACAAGGAAGACUCUGAAGGUGUAGUACUGCUUGGGCACAGUACUGGCUGUCAGGAUAUUGUCUAUUAUAUGCGCACAAAUGCUGCAUGCUCCAGAGCAGUCCGUGCAGCCAUAUUGCAGGCUCCAGCUAGUGAUAGAGAAUAUAAAGCCACGCUUCCUGAUACUGCUUCGAUGAUUGAUUUGGCCUCAAACAUGAUAAGUGAAGGUCGUGAAUCAGAGUUAAUGCCAAGGGAGGCAAAUCCAGAUGCCCCAAUUACUGCCUUUAGAUAUCACUCACUUUGCGCAUACAAUGGUGAGGAUGACUUGUUUAGUUCUGACUUUAGUGAUGAUCAGCUGAGGCAGAAACUUGGGCACAUGUCCAACACUCCUUGUCAGGUUAUAUUUUCCAUGGGUGACGAGUACGUUCCAGAUUAUGUUGACAAGAAAUCAUUGGUUGAUAGAUUGUGCAAAGCAAUGGGUGGUGCUGAAAAAGUUGAAAUUGAACACGGGAACCAUUCUUUAUCUAAUAGAGUUUUAGAAGCUGUUGAAGCCAUAAUGAGCUUUGUCAAGCGAGAAGGUCCGAGCGGGUGGGAUGAUCCAUGGAACUAAACGGUUGAUCCUGCAACUUCAAUGAUUUACAUUGCCUUUUACAUUCUUUAUUUCCAUGUAUCCUAUCAUUUUAUGUAUACUGCAGGUUGACGAAACUACAAUAUUUUUUACCUAGUGAAUUUUGUAGUCUAGAGCAACGUACUGUUUCUCUCCAUUCUUUGUUUUGUCAUGAGUUUUGUAAUUUAUAUUAGCAGUGGGGAUUGGAUUUUCGUCCCCUUUUUAUUGGUAUCAUUGAGAUUUCUCUCAGACUC